GGCUGUCCGUGAACGUGAGUAACUGUUUUUCCACCCCUGCCCGGCGCCACUGCCUUCCCGGGCUGCAGGCGCAGAGAUGUGUUUUCCGAUAGAAGUGAGUUGCCGGCUUCCCUCUCCCCCAACGGCAGAAUCUGGACUGGAACCCAGGAUUUCGGUCUCUGUGACUGCUCCUCCAGCCGGCAGCCCUCCGGCCGCCAUCGGGAAACUGCUGUCGUCCGUUUCCCAAGCACUUUUCUCUAAAAAACCUGGAAGGAGAUUCCUUGACAGGAGGGGGAGGAGUUGGGGGCGGGUGCAGCUUGAGGUGGAGAAGAGUUGUCCCCUGCGGGCAGUGAGGUUAGAGCCCGUGCUGUGGAGGCGCGCGGUACGGAUCCCGGUGCACCCUCACUGGCUGUGUGCACUGGGCAAGUGGCUCCCACUCUGCCCUCAGUUUCCUGAUCUGUAAAAUAGGCGUGGACAAUGGCAGCUAUGCUGCGGGACUGAACGAUGUGAGCCGUGCCUGGCCCCUGGGGCAGGUUCAGUGAGUUGUUGCUGCUACUGAAGCUGGAGUCCUAGUCUUUUUUCUCUGAGCCAGAGGGGAAGAGUUGGGCCCCGGGCCACUGUGGGCUGGCCCUUGUCUCUGGGCCUGUCCAGCUCCAGCUCCUUCUGACUGCCCUCUCCGAGGGCACGUGGCCUCAGUCCUCAGGUGGUGGAAGGAUUUCAGAGCUGGUGAUUCUCAGGGGUGGAAAGCAGAAGGGGCUUCUCUGUCCUGGCUCCCUUUUUCCUCUUUCAGCUUUGCCUUUGGAGACUCCACCCACCCUCAGGGAAGAGCCCAGAAAGAAGAUAUGGCUAUUGGACGGAGGGAAGCAACGUCUCAUGUGUCGGUGACCUUCGAGGAUGUGGCUGUGCUCUUUACACGGGAUGAGUGGAGGAAGCUGGGUCCUUCUCAGAGAAACGUGUACCAGGAAGUGAUGCUGGAGAACUACAGUAACCUGGUCUCACUGGGACUCCUGUUUUCCAAACCAAGAGUGAUCUCCCUGUUGCAGCAAGGAGAAGAUCCCUGGAAGGUAGAGAAAGAAAGUCCUGGAGGCCCCUCUCUAGGUUGUAAGAGCAGUCCUAAAACUACAAAGUCAACUCAAACCCAAGAUUCAUCAUUUCAGGGGCUAAGAAGGAAAAGACUCAAAAGGGAUGAACCCUGGAGUUUCCUCUCAGAAAAACCCUGCAUAUAUGAAGACAGAUUAAAGAAACAAAAGGACAAAAAUGAAAGUUUACAAAUAAUUUCAAUCACCCAUACAAAAAUUCUCCCUGUAGAAAAAAGCCAUAAAAAUAGCAACUUUGGCCAAAAUUUCAGCCUGAAAUCAGUCUUUGUUAAGCAACAGAGGGUUGCUAGAGAAAAAACACCCUCAAAAUAUGAAAUACAAAGAAAUAGCUUCAAGCAGAAUUCAAACUUACUUAGCCAACCAAAAAUCAAAACAGCAGAAAAGCGGUAUAAAUGUAAUAUAUGUGAAAAAGCCUUCAUUCACAAUUCUUCCCUUCGUAAACACCAGAAAAACCACACUGGAGAGAAAUUAUUUAAAUGUAAGGAAUGUUUGAAAGCUUUCAGCCAAAGUUCGGCUCUUAUUCAGCAUCAAAGAACUCAUACUGGAGAGAAACCCUACAUCUGUAAAGAAUGUGGGAAAGCUUUCAGCCACAGUGCAUCCCUCUGCAAACAUCUAAGAAUCCACACUGUGGAGAAAUCCUAUCGAUGUAAAGAAUGUGGUAAAUCCUUCAGCAGAAGGUCUGGCCUUUUUAUACAUCAAAAAAUCCACGCUCGAGAAAAUCCCCACAGAUACAAUCCAGGUAGGAAGGCAGCCAGCACAUCCCUUCCCGGAUGUCAGAGAAUUCACCUCAGAAAGAAGUCCUAUUUAUGUAAUGAAUGCGGCAACACCUUUAAGUCGAGCUCAUCCCUUCGUUAUCAUCAGAGGAUUCACACGGGAGAGAAACCUUUUAAGUGCAGUGAAUGUGGGAGAGCCUUCAGUCAGAGCGCGUCUCUUAUCCAGCACGAAAGAAUUCACACUGGAGAAAAGCCCUAUCGAUGUAACGAAUGUGGAAAAGGUUUUACUUCUAUUUCAAGACUUAACAGACACCGAAUAAUUCAUACCGGUGAGAAACUGUAUAAUUGUAACGAGUGUGGUAAAGCCUUAAGUUCCCACUCGACGCUUAUCAUCCAUGAAAGAAUUCACACUGGCGAGAAACCGUGUAAAUGCAAAGUGUGUGGGAAAGCCUUCCGACAGAGUUCAGCUCUCAUUCAGCAUCAGAGGAUGCAUACCGGAGAAAGACCCUACAAAUGCAACGAGUGUGGGAAAACAUUCCGGUGUAACUCAUCCCUUAGCAACCAUCAGAGAAUCCACACAGGAGAGAAACCAUACCGGUGUCUGGAAUGUGGGAUCUCUUUUGGCCAAAGUGCAGCUCUUAUUCAACAUCAGAGGAUUCACACAGGAGAAAAACCCUUCGAAUGUAACACGUGCGGGAAGACUUUUAGACAGAGCUCAUCACUUAUUGCCCAUCAGAGAAUUCAUACUGGAGAGAAACCCUAUGAAUGUAAUGCAUGUGGGAAACUGUUCAGCCAGAGGUCAUCUCUUACUAAUCAUUAUAAAAUCCACAUUGAAGAGGAUUCCUUGAAAGUAGAUUUGCAUGUGUGAAAGCCUUAAACCAAAGCUCAGCAGGGUAUACAUACUUGAGAUUGAUUUAAUAAAUGUCAUGAUCAUAAGAAAACUUUUCUAUUUUAAUUUUGUCUCAUCAGAUAUUAAAUUCUAAGGACAAAGAGCUCUGACUAUGUAAUAAAUAUGUGGAAAACUUUCAUACCUGUCAGUCACUUUUUAAAAAAUAUCCUAAGAUAAGGGAAUCACAAUUGUAAUUUGAUUGCAAAACCACAAUUUUGACCAUCUGUAAGGUGGGGUUUUUCUAUCUUUUUAUACAGUAUUAUAUACUAUAUGUGAUGUAUAAACAUGAGAAAAAUCUGGGUGUAGGAGUGCUGGAUUUCUCAUUAGAAAGACACCAACUGUAUAAGCCAGUAGCACAUUUAUUAGAACUAACAUUUUAAUAGCAAACAGAACUGAUCUUAAAAUAUAUGCAUAUGUAGACCAAAUAAUAGAU